ACUGUACCCUCGCUUCUCUUUCUUCCCUAAACACACUGCAUCGGCUCAGAUCCUACAGAUAUUAUAGCACAGAAUGAAAUACUCUUAUUAAACUGUUACAGUUCUUGACUCUUGGGGGGGAUUGAACAGAGGAAUCUCUCGGAGGAGAAGACGAAGAAGGAGGAGUGAAGAUCUGGAUAUAACUCGAAUGAUGAAUGGGUUGUUAUAAAAGGGUGAAAUGUCAAGUUAAAUAUCGGUAGAUUGCUCCAGGGAAAGUCUCAGUGCAGUUAUAGGUCGAUUUGUAAUGAAAAAAAAUAAAUAGAAAUCCGAUUUCUGCUCCGUUUUGGCACGAAGACUUCAAGAAACAAACUGAGAACAGACCGUUAAUUAAGGCUGAGUGAAGUAUCGUGAAAUAUCGCGAGAUUUCCAACUUUAUUAAGGAAUAACUAUAGAGGGGGGGACAAGACAUCAUUAUUAUUAUCAUCAUGUCGGUUCUUUCGGUUGCUGAACUAAGUCGAGGUGGCCUGAACGGUGCGAUGACGGAGUUUCAGGAAAAGCUCAGGCAGCAACAUGAAAAAUCCAUACACAAGGAGCUCGAAAAUCUGCUCUCCACUUGCAAGGGAGCAGAAGCUGAGGUGUCCAGAAAAGAUUUUGAGGGGUUUAAGCAGCUGUUUCACAGGUUUCUUCAGGUGAAGGGUCCCUCUGUGGAAUGGCCCAAGAUCAACAGACCUCCUGAGGACUUGAUCCAGCGGUAUGAGAAGAUCCAGUCUAAGCCGUUACCGCAGGGUGUAGCUGCGAGUCUAAACAAACUGGCUGUGGUGAAGCUGAACGGAGGUCUGGGCACCAGCAUGGGCUGCAAAGGCCCAAAGAGUCUGAUCAGCGUUCGCAAUGAGAACACUUUCCUAGACCUGACCGUGCAGCAAAUAGAGCACCUGAAUAAGACCUACAAUGCUGAUGUCCCUCUGGUCCUAAUGAACAGCUUUAACACUGAUGAAGACACCAAGAAAAUCCUGCAGAAAUACACUCACCAUCGCGUCAAAAUACACACCUUCAACCAGAGCAGAUAUCCCAGGAUAAAUAAGGAGUCCUUGUUGCCAGUGGCGACCAACAUGGGUCUGACUGGGGAAAACAUGGAGGCAUGGUACCCUCCAGGCCAUGGAGACAUCUACACCAGUUUCUAUAAUUCUGGCCUGCUGGAUCAGCUCAUCGCUGAGGGCAAGGAGUACAUCUUUGUGUCCAACAUCGAUAACCUGGGUGCCACGGUCGACCUGCACAUCCUCAACCACCUGAUGAGCCAACCGGCCGACAAGCGCUGCGAGUUUGUCAUGGAGGUCACCGAUAAGACCCGUGCUGACGUCAAGGGUGGGACUCUGAUUCAGUACGACAAUAAGCUUAUGUUGUUGGAGAUUGCCCAGGUUCCAAAAGCUCACGUCGAUGAGUUCAAGUCGGUCACCAAGUUCAAGAUAUUCAACACCAACAACCUGUGGAUCAGCCUGCCUGCUAUCAAGAGACUUCACGAGCAGAACGCAAUGGACCUCGAGAUCAUCAUUAACCCCAAGACUCUGGACGGUGGUCUUAACGUGAUCCAGCUGGAAACAGCCGUCGGCGCCGCCAUCAAGAGCUUCGACAACGCCCUGGGCAUCAACGUCCCACGCAGUCGCUUCCUCCCAGUCAAGACCACCUCCGAUCUGCUGCUGGUUAUGUCCAACCUGUACAGCUUGGACGCAGGCUCUCUCACGAUGAGUGCAAAGAGAGAGUUUCCCACCACACCGCACAUCAAACUGGGAAGCUCCUUCACCAAGGUGCAGGACUUCCUGAGGAGGUUUGAGAGCAUCCCGGACAUGCUGGAGCUCGAUCACCUCACCGUGUCUGGAGAUGUGACUUUCGGCAAGCAGGUCACUCUGAAGGGCACAGUGAUCAUCAUCGCUAAUCACGGAGACCGGAUCGACAUUCCAGCCGGAGCGAUGCUGGAAAACAAGAUAGUCUCCGGGAACUUGCGCAUCCUGGACCACUGAGAUCACAAACACACAACACACAAACCAAAUUACACAGAUCUUCCUAUCCUUUAUUGAAUCCGUAAUCCAACUCAGGCCUGUUACAGUGUGUGUGUGUGUAGGUGCGUGUCCAUUAGUUUUGAUGCACUUUUUGCAUUACAUGUCCCAUGCACUAAUUUUGAAUGUAAACUGUGAAGCUUGGAGGUUGGAGCUUGACUGAAUUAUGAAGGUCUACUGUUUGAAUGUUACUGAUCCAGGAUCUGCUGCAGCUUCACCUCAUAACACUUAGAAAAGAGCAGGAAUGCUGAGUCCAACUUAGUUCUUAAACAAACAUCUGUGUAGGGAAAGGCAGUGUGUCGACUGUUACAGAAAUUGUUUUCAGAAAUUAAAGUGCAAUAUGCCAUCCA